GCGCUCGCGCCGUGUCCGCGCGCAUCGCGGUCAAGCGUGGAGCUUGAGAAGAACCCGCCGCGCGACACCCGAUGGUCGACCUUUGGCGGGUGUUCGCGGCCAAUUUUUGGAGGGUGGGAGCAGCAGCCACGGCGGGAAGGGGAAGGUGAACAGGUGGCGGGAGAUUGCUCCCGGGUACGGCGGUCUGAUGAUUGGCGGGACGGCCGAGUGGCACACGCGAUGGCGCGGAAUAGGAGGAGCAGACUCGAGGGCUGACGUGGACGUCAAAGAUUGUCGUCCGGAGUUGUGCGCGUUGUGUUGAUUUCGGGGCAAGCGGAGGCAGCAGGCGCGGGAUCUCUCUCUCUCUCUCUCUCUCUCUCUCUCUCUCUCUCUCUCUCUCUCUCUCUCUCUCUCUCUCUCUCUCUCUCUCNCUCUCUCUCUCUCUCUCUCUCUCUCUCUCUCUCUCUCUCUCUCUCUCUCUCUCUCUCUCUCUCUCUCUCUCUCUCGCUUUCUCUCUCUCUCUCGCCCGGCCCGUUCCGUGCCACGACCCGCCUAAGCAUGUACAGGAGCACAAGUGUUGACGUUAUACUUGACGGACGUAGAUUUCAAUUCUGAUUGAUUGUCAGCGACGCCAGUCUCUCUGGUUCGUUUGCAUUGGCAGCCAUGGCUGGAACAGGGCCAUUCGGGGGUGGGAGCGGGGGGUCGGGCUCCAGGGGAACGUUGAGGAAGGGCCAGAACACAACGGCAAGAGCUGCAGCAGCCAGGGUGCAGAAAGUUAUGGCGUCCACGGGAGCCUCUUCUCCGGAUGAUGAGGACGAUGACGGACCUUUCAGCGGCUAUCCCGGCUAUGCCGGUGGGCUGCCCAUCGUCCGCACAAACUCCCCAAUGGUACGCAGUGGAAGUGGUAAUUCGCUCACACCAAAGUAUGGCACUAGAAUGCCGGCUCCAACUGGUGUGGGGCCUGGGGGGAGUGUAAACAACAGUGCGUUUAGACAAGCACGCACGUUCAACCCAAUGGAAGUACGGGUACCGGAGAGGCCGGCUUCAAGUGAUGCUGUUCUUGAUCCAAAGGGACCGGAUCGCAGAUUCUCAGUGGAGCCUCCUAUGAAUUCAGCCAGUUCGACAGGAAUGAGAGACUCUCGUUUUCGCGAUGAUGGGUCUUUCACGUCUGCGGGAAGUGGGGAGGAUGCCUAUGGCGGAAGGGAUAGGGCCUCAUCAAGAGAGAGUGUUAAGUACAUCAAGAGGGACACAACGGCUGCACUCCAGGAUGAGAUUGAUUUGCUGCAUGAGGAGAACGAGUUCCUAAUGGAGAAGUUGAGGAUAGCAGAGGAGAAGCUCGAUAAGAGUGACGAGAGAAAUUCAGAGCUUAGGAGGCAGAUUGCUUCGCUUGGAGAGGGCAUUACGGUGGAGGCACGGAUGUUGAGCAGGAAAGAGGCCGCACUCAAAAUGAGGGAGGAGGCUCUGAGGGUUGCCAAGGAGCAGGCCUCGUCAAUGAAGGAGGAUGAAAUAGCAGCGCUUAGAUUAGAGGCAGAGUCAGCGAGGGAGGAUGCCAAUGCUGCUCUGCAAGAAAAACAGGACGCCGAGGCGGAGUUGAAGGCGUUGAGAGUGGCGGUACAGAGGAUGGCCCUAACGCAGGAUGAAAUGGAGGAGGUUGUGCUUAAGCGUUGCUGGCUUGCGCGCUACUGGGGGUUGGCAAAGGGGUUCGGUAUUUAUCCGGCGAUUGCACCUGCAAAGCAUGAUCACUGGUCAUCUUUGGCCCCUCUUCCAUGGGAGGUAGUGUGGGCUGCUGCACAGAAAAUCAGGGAUCAAGCGCUCGGGGAUUCAACAUCAGAAAAUGGAGCGUGGGUCCCACUACUGAGAAGAUCUCCUCGAGUUGAACCUGCGGCAGCUACCCCGGUUGUGCUUCGAUCAAGCAAUACAGGAAAGACAGAAGCUGGAUGGGACGCUAAGGGCAAGACAAGGGCAAGAACAAGGAGCAGCAGCAGCUUGCCCGAUGUCAGUGUCGAAGGAAAUAUCGAGAGCAUGUUGAUGGUAGAGAAGGGGUUGAGAGAGCUUGCGUCAUUGAAGGUGGAAGAAGCUGUGCUGCUUGCAAUGUCUGAACCUAGGCGGCGCUCUAUGCUGCAAAACUUGGAGUCGGGACCGUCCGGAGCAGAUGGAAAGCUAGCUGAACAGCUGGAACUCUCCGAGGAGGAGGUUAUGGAUGCCCAGUUCAAAGAGGCAUGGCUUGUGUAUUUCUGGGGACGCUCAAAGCAGAGUGGCGUAGAACUGGAUAUUGCUGAAGAGCGGUUGGUUUACUGGUCAGGACGGAUGCAACAGAAACCGACACCUGGCGAUGUUGUAGAUGACUGCCAAGUCUGCGCUGCUGACAAGGCGCCGAUCCAACCGCCAAGAUCGAUAGUUCCAACGGUAGUUGAGCAGCCGUUCCAGAGGUGGUCGGCGUGCUUGGAGGAACCUGGAAGCGGCCGUAACCCACCGUCACAACGCGACUAUCUGAACCCGCACGAGAUAGUCGACCUUGCCUUCUUCCAAGAUCGGACAGCUUCCGAGAAUGAAGACAUAGAGAUUGAAGCGGAAGAAGAAGAAAGCUCAGAAGAAGAAAGCUCAGAAGAAGAAGAAGAAGAAGAAGAGGCCGACGAGGAAGAAACUCCCGAAGAAGGGAGUUACAGUGAGCACAGCGAGGGCGAGCAGAGUGAAGACGAGGAGGAAGAAGGGCAAGACGACGAAGAAGAAGACCAGGAGGAAUUGAAGGAGUCGGAGUACGAAGGAUUCGAGGAGGAAGUACGCGACGAGGCUCUGGUGCAGGCACAGGCGCAGAAGAGGGAAGAAAUCGCAGCCGGGAAGAGACAGUUGGAAUUCGCCAGCGCAGCCGGCUAGCCGCUCGCCGACGAUCCGGCCCGGGAUCCAGAGCCACCUAAGCCCGAGGAUG